UAUUAUUCUGAGUGGUCUCACCCGGGCCGGGCCGGGGAGCGGGGCGCACACGUGGGCCGCGCCGUGCCGCGCAGGUGAGGCCCAGCGGGUCCCGCUGUUCCCGGGCUGGGCGGCACUGCCCCUAUUCCCGCAGGCUGCACGCAGCGGCCGCCGGCGUGGGCAGCCCUGCCAGGGGAGGACAGCGGGCCCGGCCCGACUCAGCCUCCCCGCCCUGUGCGGUCGCGGCUUUACGCGGAGGGCCCCGUGCCCCCCGGAGGGGUUAGGUCCUGGCUGGGCUUUCCCGUGCUCCCGAAGGAACGGGUGUCCCAGAGGGCGGCGGGCGGCGGCCUCAGACCCGGCUCCUCCGUUUGUGGCGCGUUUAAAGCCGGAAGGCCGUAGGUGGUGCUUUGUAGUGAGGGAUUGCUGUAACGCCGGGGAUUCACGCUCCCGGCUGUACGGCGAGGCGGGCUGCGCCCGUGUCACUCCGCGGCCUUUUCGUGCCCCUAGGAUGCCGUGCUGCGGUGGUUGAUGGCCGUGUGGGCUCGGCACGCCGCCCGCUGGGGCUGCCUGCUGAGCACGGCCCGUGCUGCUGCUGAGCUUCCUCGGAGGCUCAGGGGUGGCGGCUGCCCCGCACGGGCCUGCCGUGAGUUGGCCCGUCUGGCUGUGCUGCCCGCUGGAAAGGAGGCGGCUCUGUGCGGACUGCAGGGGUACAGGCAGCUGUCCGCAGGGAGCUGUUCCCCGCCCGACAGCGCCAAGGAUGCAGCCUUCUCCUCUCCCCAAAGUAACCUGCCUUCAGUGCAACAGGAACAAGCAAAACCAGAAAUAUUGCCUGACCUGAAUGCAAAAAUACUGGAUGAAGCCUGGGAUGACAUCCCACCUUCAUCUGCUUUGGAAGUGAUUUCUGAGGAAGAAGCUGUACAGAUCAUUGCAGAACCACUUCUUCCCAUUCAGUCUACCACGCUCCGAGAUUAUGUUGAUCACUCAGAAACCCUUGCCAAACUUGUCCACCUAGGAGUUGACUUAUCCCAAGUGGAGAAACGUCAAAAGGCAGGUCAGCUCUUACUGACCUUGGACUUUGAAAAAGAUGUAAAAAAAAUACUUCUGUUUCUUAAGGAUGUGGGUGUAGAAGACAAUCAACUAGGACCAUUCCUGACCAAAAAUCCAUACAUCCUUGGUGAAGAUCUGGAAGAUUUAGAAACCAGAGUGGCUUACCUAAAAUCAAAAAAAUUUGGUAAGUCAGAAAUUGCUCAGAUGGUCUCAAGAGCUCCGUAUUUGCUGUUGUUUUCAGUGGAAAGAUUGGAUAACAGAUUGGGUUUCUUCAAAAAUGAACUUGGUCUCAGUGUAAAAAAGACAAAGGAUCUGGUAGUUCGUCUUCCAAGGCUACUGACUGGCAAACUAGAGCCUGUAAAAGAAAAUCUUCAGGUUUGUCAAAUUGAACUUGGUUUUCAACGUAAUGAAAUUCAACAGAUAGUGUGUAAAACUCCCAAGAUUUUAACUGCAAGUAAAAAGAGACUCAAACAGACAUUUGACUACUUACACAACAUAAUGGGCAUUCCCCACCACAUGCUUACUCGUUUUCCUCAGGUUUUCAACUCAAAGCUAUUACGAAUCAGAGAGAGGCAUAUGUUUCUUGCCUUCUUGGGAAGAGCCCAGUAUGACCCAGCCCAGCCCAGCUACAUCUCCCUGGAUCAGCUGGUAUCCCUGCCCGAUGAGGUGUUUUGUACAGAGAUUGCCAAAGCCUCUAUGCAGGACUUCGAAAAUUUCUUAAAAACACUUUGAUUAGUAACACAUGUAAAAAAUUAUAGAAUUAAGUUGCAAAAUAAACAUACUUUAUAAAACUA